CCGAGAAGAAACAAAUGCCCAGAUCCCUCAAAAACCUCCGUAGCCAUUUUGGCUCAAGCUGUAUGCUGAAGUGAAGUACUGUUUUUUUUUCCAUGUUGUCGUGACAGGAUGGCCGCCGUCCGCGCUGUCAUUACCGUGACUUUCCUCUCAAUUUCACAAGGCGUGCAGAUCUUGGACGCCUCGGCGGCGGACCGCGUCAGCUUGGAACGGUCUGAGAAGGGUGUGAAGCGCGAGGAAUGGACGCCACAGGCGAGUGGGGAGGAGAUAGACGCCGACGAUGAAGACGUGCCGUCAGGUGAUGUGGUCAUCAACGCUAAACAAGGGUCGAUCGCGUUGAAGACGUGGUACGGGCGAAUGGGCAACAACAUAAUUCAGCUGGUGAACGCGAUAUUGUUCUGUCAGAUGGAGGGGUUAUCGACGCUGGUCCUGCCCGAGGCCAAAGAGGUAGCGUGUCACGACAAGUCCAAGGCCUGCAGGGCGUUUGAUAUCUUGAAUCUUCCCAAGGAGAUCAAGAUCACGCCACGCCCUGAUUUGAAGCUCGACUGCAACUUUCUCAACAUGAAGUCGUUCUUCGGCCGCUGCUUGGCUGUGACGAAGAGCUUGUUCCGCCAGACAGCGGCGCAGCACCUGCGGCCCCUCAUGAGCGACAACUGGCGUCAGGCGUGCAUGGAGGAGCGUGCCCGGCAGGACGACGCCCACGAUAUCCGUGAGCUGACAAUACACCUGCGCAACGGGGACGCGAGGAAUUUCGCAAACAGGACGCAGGUGUCCCCGUACGCGAUGUACGCGUCGUGCAGCUUCUUCAAGAAGGUCCUCGCCGACCACGGAUUCCAGUCGGCCCGCGUCAUAACUCAGAAGGACAUGUCGCACCCGUGCAUCUCGGUGUUGCGAGAGCAUCUGGGGACCAAGCUCGCCGUGCAGAGUGAGUCGCUCGAGGAAGACUCCUGCGCCAUCAUCAACGCGAGGCACCUGGCCGUGGGCUCGUGGAGUACGUUCCCGCAGGUCCUCGAGCUCUUCAACGACCGCCUCGAAACGAACUUCUGGCCCGUCCCCCUGAAGGCAACCAACUACACGAGCACCUUGCAUCAGAUCGGGUGGGGGCCCUGCAACCCCGUCGUUGAGGGGAACGCUGUGACAUAUGUAUAUCAAAUUGACGGUAUGCAGGAGGGGCACGUCAGUAUGGACGAUAAAACGGGCGUCGACUAUUUCUCGCGGAUGCCUUUAGAGAAAGUGACCCUUCGGAGCGUUUGUGAUGAGGAGUCCGAGGCACCAUUCGAGGGAGCGGUGUCUCUGCGAUAGUCUGAACAUGGUUAGACUGCGCAUCGUGGAGACCCCGCAUUCCAUAACCCACAGCAGUUGGGCGCCCGCGGAGUUGUCCCGGGCUGCCCGUUUUGACAAAGUGAACACUGGCAGACGCGCAGCCAAAAGCAUUCUCCAGCGCACUCCACAGAAGAGGAGUCAGCUGCCCACGUCCUCGUCGACCUCCUCCUCCUCCUCCUCCUCUUCCCCCUCCUGCUCAUUCC